AUGGCUACUUCGAACAAGUACGCGUUCUUCAGGCCGGACACCCUGGAUACAGCGGGUUAUGCCUAUGGCAAGGCGAUCUCGGAGGCGCAGAGAGGAAAGAUUGAAGUGGAACAAGCAUUAAGCGGGGUUGGGACGUACGUCGGGUGCGCCCUGUGCAUUGCUCGGGUGCCCGAAGGACAGCCUAAGAUAUGGGAUUACGGUGUGGUAGUGGGCUACACGUGGGAUAAGGCCACUCAUACAGGGGUGCUGCAAGUGACCUUCGUUGAUGGAACAAGCGAGCUACCCUACGGGAAAGAAGAGCAGCAGGACCUAGUGCUGGAGACUUACGCACUCCGCCCUUGUAGUGGCAGAAGCGUCGCUGACGUAAUGCCGGCCGAGAUGCGCGCCAUCCACAAUGCGGUUCACGACCACUUCAACGGGAUAGGACAGCCCGCCCGUCGAAGCUCUUCCACUGUUCUCCGCAAGGUUGACAUGGCAGAGAUUGACUGUACCCGUGUUCAAUGUAGCAGACGCACGAGUCGCGAAGUUGAGGAUCGACCAUAUCCUAAACUAUGUUUUCUACACUGA